CUGUUCAACUCAGUUGAAGCUAGGCUGCAGCAGUGCGCGUAUCGUGAAAGCCGAGUCUUCACGUGCAACCAAUACCACGUGGUUGUAGUGUUAUCAUUUGUGUUUUUGUCAUUCGUUAUAGAAUAAAGUGCUUUUUAAAUUUAAACAAAACAAACGAGAACGUGAUUUUUGUUUAUUUUUAUUAAACAGAAAUAGAAAAACAAUUAUUUGUUUUUAAAUAAAAUACUCGAAAGUAUUCUCAUAUCUCUUGCACUGUGGAUACCAGAGAAACCGUCAACCUGGAGCCCACGUGCCAGAAACGGCGGAAAUGUGAGGUUGACGGGAAGGAGGUGAAAACAGAGCUAACGGCGCAACGCAAUAUGUUCCCUAGCGCUCAAAUUAAAAUGAGAUUGCUGUCACCGUGCAGUUCGCCGGCAACGUCACCAACGAUGUCAAAUUCAUCAUCGCCAACACCUCCUGCGCCAGUAGCGCCCGUCUACAACCAAAAAAUGACGGGAAUCCCCUGUGUCGCUGCCGCUUCACGAUACACGGCACCCGUUCACAUCGACGUUGGUGGCACGAUAUACACCUCGUCUUUAGAAACUCUAACCAAGUAUCCGGAAUCGAGAUUAGCGAAACUAUUCAAUGGAAGUAUACCUAUUGUUUUGGAUUCUUUGAAACAGCAUUAUUUUAUUGACAGGGACGGUGGAAUGUUUCGACAUAUUCUCAAUUUUAUGCGCAAUUCUCGUCUACUUAUUCCUGACAAUUUUGCCGAUUUGGAUCUCCUCCUCGAGGAGGCGAGAUAUUUCGACAUUGCGCCAAUGUGCCGACAGUUGGAGCAAAUGAAAAAGGAUCGCAUAAAGAAUGGCGCGACGACCUCGUCUCCAAGCCCACCGCCAAGUCUCAGUGGAGGUCGUGGUGGAGGCGGUGGAGGAAUAAUUCCACCCAUAAGAGAUCAGGAGAAGCGAAACGAGAGCUAUGAAUGCGUUGCUCUUCACGUGAGUCCAGAUCUUGGCGAACGCGUUAUGCUCUCCGGAGGACGAACACUUCUCGACGAGGUUUUUCCCGAAUCAACACAAGCAGUUAUCGAUGCAAGAUCAGGCGUCGCUUGGCAUCAGCAGGACGCGAGGCACGUUAUUCGCUUCCCUCUCAAUGGUUAUUGUAAACUGAAUUCCGUUCAAGCCAUCACCAGGUUGUUGAAUGCGGGUUUUAACGUUGUCGCCAGUAACGGCGGCGGUGUUGAUGGACAACAAUUUUCCGAAUAUCUAUUCGUCCGACAGUCGGCCAACACUUGACAAUGUACAUCGACACCACGUAAAAUAUCUUCAUUGUCGAGGACAAUUCGAAGUCAACGCGACUCCGACAUUGAGUAAAUUUGAGACUGUCAUCUCUUCCAAAGAGAUUUUCUCUCCUAAAAAGAAAAAGCUCGAAUUUAUCUUUAUAAAUAUGUAUAAAUUUUCCCUUAUAUAGACGAGCUUCUGUAAAUGUUCACCAAUACCGUUCCGACAAAAAUUUUCAAACUUUUUUUUAAUUAGGAAUCUUUUUUUUUUAUUUUCAAUUGACUGAAAUGUAACAUGGACUUAAUUUAAGAUUGAAGUGUAUAUGUAUUUAAAACAAAUGUGUAAAUAUUUUUCUUUACAACGAUCGUACGUUGAUCUCAUUUCAAUUGUUUCGCUUUCAUAAAAUUAUAUUAAAAGAGGUGAUAUAAGCAAAUGUUAAGAAAUGUACUUAUUGCGGUCCAGAUGGAAAGUAUAAAUAAAGCGUUUAUUAUUCAAAUUUA